AUGGCAGGUGUUUGGGCCAGGCGACUGCAGGCUGCGAUGUGGCACCAGGCGCUGCUACUCCGGCUCUGGCUGGCUUUGGCUUCAGUGGAGGGGCUUUACUUCCACAUCGGAGAGACGGAGAAACGCUGCUUCAUCGAGGAAAUCCCCGAGGAGACCAUGGUUAUCGGGAAUGACCGCACGCAGGCAUGGAAUAAACAGACAGAGACCUUCCUGCCUUCCACCUCCGGGCCGGAGAUGCAUGUGGAAGUAAAGGAUCCGGUUGGAAAGGUAAUGUUAUCACGGCGGUGUGAUUCAGAAGGCCAAUUCACCUUUACCUCCCAUGCCCCAGGUGACCACCAGAUCUGUCUGUACUCCAAUUCUACUCGAAUGAUCAUCUUUGCCGAGGGCAAAGGAAGGGUACAUCUGGAUGUACAGGCUGGCGAGCAUACCAACAAUUACCCUGAAAUUGCUGCUAAGGAUAAAUUAACAGAACUACAACUCCGUACCCGCCAGUUGCUUCAUCAGGUGGAACAGAUCGGAAAGGAGCAGAAUUACCAAGUGUAUUGUGAGGAGUGCUUGCAUAUGACCAGCGAGAGCGCCAACCAGAGAGUGCUAUGGUGA